AUGAGUGCAUCCCGUGUAGGACGCGCCGCAUUGAAGAAGGCUAAGAUGCCUAUCGCCGCCUCUCCAAAGACGGGUGGUGGAAAAAUUCCCGUUGAAGGUCCAGGAAAAAAGACCCCGGUAGCACCAUCACUGCCAAAGCGGGCCAACCCGCAUCUUACCAACCUGCAAAUGGAUCAGGCUCGCAUGUCGCCCAAGGUCAUGACCGUUCUCGGCGUCAGCGUCCUGGCCAUGAGCACAUACUGCGGCUAUCUGUAUGCAACCUACAAGCGAGAAGUGGCCCAGGCGCAAUCGCUAGACAUCCCCCGAGAUGUAUCAGACCGAUACAAUCGGACGGCGGGCACGUUUGAUGCCGAUGUUGAACUAUCUGAAAAGCUAAUGUGGUUGGGGAGCAAGCGAAAGGACCUGGUGCGCCGCGCACGCGGAGACGUCCUAGAGGUCAGCUGUGGAACAGGCCGGAAUCUUGAAUACUAUGACCUCGGUGAGCGGAGGGGGCUCGAUAAGCAGGGCCACGUAGGGGUACGAGGCUGUCGCUCCGUGACGUUCAUCGAUCUCAGCCCACAGAUGGUUGAGAUCACGCGAAAUAAAUUCACCAAAAUACAUCCGGUGUUCCAGAAUGUGGUUUUUCGAACGCAGGAUGCGGCGGAUGUCGUGCCCCCUUCGACCGGGGCACACCCCGCUUACUACGAUACCGUCAUACAGACUAUGGGGCUAUGCUCAAUGCCGGAUCCAGUUCGCACCCUACGGCAUCUGGGGACCAUCACCGAGCCGCAGAGGGGGGGAGAUCUUGCUAUUGGAACACGGUCGAUCACACUAUGA